GGCCAUGAUGAAGGGCCGUGGCACCGAGACCCCAUCAGGACCGCCGCGGACUGUGAGGUGCAGGGUCAGAGGUGGGACCGGGGCCGUGAUGGCGCAUCGGGCGUGUCAACCACUGCUUCCCACUGGGAACAAGUACCUGCAGCAGAAAUGGGACGCGGCUGCAUAUGAUGUGCACAGGGGGAAGGUGAAGUCAGCUAGACCAACAAUAAACACGACUCCACCAAAGACCUUCACUCAUCUGACCGUCAAACUGAAGAACCUAAAGCUGGAAGAAGAGCGCGCGACGAAGAUGCGGGGGGAAAACGAUAUGCUCGCGGAGAAAAUCGCGCACAUCGCCAGGACAGGUGGAGGUGUGGACAACAGGAACUAUUACGACCGAAAAAGCCUUGGCGAGAAGAAGCGGCAGCUGGAGCUGCUCCGCAUUACGCAGGAGAACCAGAGGAUCCUGUUCCGCCUGAGCCAGUGCAGGUCUCAUUACAAUCCGAGGAGCUGGCGCGAGAGCUGGCUCCAAACUCUCAAAGUGAUGGACAGCAUUGCGCAUUACCCUCGAGACAGAACGAGCCAACAAAAGGGCCAAGGAAACCCCGUAGAGAAGGUCAGCGCCGGUGCAACCGCAGACAGUCCUGCAAGACCCGAGGCCGACUGCAAGGCCGAGGGGGAGAAGAGAAGAGGAAAGGAACCAGCAUGAAAGAUAGAAGAAGAUAAAGAUAGAGAGACAGCAUGCAACGUGUCCUGAACCAAAGGCACCUGAGAAACACACCUCACGGUCACGGGAUGCGCCUGGGAAUCCUGCUUCUUGAAGAGAGUUAUCAUACAAUGUUUUCUUCUUUUAUCAAAAGUUUGCCCUGCACUUUUAAAGAGACUCUUUGUAACAUCGGCAGUUUAAAAAAGACAUAUACAGAGAAACGAACUAAAUCCUUUAAAAACGGCAUGAUAACCUUUA